AUGAGAGUGCUCAGUGUUAUCCUUGUUUUGGUGCUGUGUGGGUGCAGUGGAGCUCUGGGUGUGAAGGUUAAAGUUGGAGACAGGGUCUUCCCCUUGGAGGCAGUGAAGCAGCUGAAGGAACUGAUGGAUUUAGAUGACAACGUUAGCCCUCGCGUCUCUGAGACGAGCGUGGUAGCUGCUUGUGCUAAUCCUGUCCUGCCUCAAGUCUUUCGGCCAGUUUGCCAAGGGAAGGGGACAGGCAUCAUUUUCUCUAAACUAGCCUCUAUCAUGGCGUCUUCAGAUCCUUGUGAGAUAUGUGUCAACCCUUCCUGCUAUGGGUGUCUGAACUGAGGCUGCCAUCUGCUAGAAACAUACACACGUCUGACUGAGAGCCUUUAGGGCCGUCAUCCUACAUCCUUCUUUAACAUUCAUAUGGCAACCAUUGACUUCGGCAAUACACAUCCUGUCACCUAACCAAUCGCAAUGAGUCUCAUGGCUCACUGGUCGACAUACACAUUUUUAAUUGAUAUAUAGGCUUAUCAAAAAAUGUAAAACUGGGUUUUGACCAUUUUUACAAGUUUUGGUAGAUGCUAAAUUAAAAUGGCA